UUGUUUGUUAAGCUGUUUUGAGGAGAUGCAAAGCAUGACUGAAAGACAGCGCGAGUUGUACGACAAAGUCAAGAAUGCGAGUGGAAACCUCAUUCUGGGUGAUCAUCAGACUGGUGAUGACGAAGCGAAGGCGAUUGCUGAGGCGCUCAAAGUGAACAAGACGGUGACCUGGCUCAUUCUGUGGGCGACUCAGAUUGGUCAUGUUGGUGCGCAGGCGAUUGCAGAGGCACUGAAAGUGAACAGGACACUGAAGGAGCUCCAUCUGCAUACGAAUCAGAUUGGCGAUGCUGGUGCACAAGCGAUUGCUGAGGCACUUGAAGUGAACACGGCGCUGAGGCGCCUCGAUUUGGGCUGUAAUCAGAUUGGCAAGGCUGGAGCGCGAGCGAUUGCUGAAGCACUCAAAGCGAACACGACGCUGACUUCUCUUGAUUUGUGGGAGAGUCAGAUUGGCGAUGCUGGUGUACAGGCGAUUUUUGAGGCUCUCAAAGAGAAUGCAACGGUGACUAAGCUCGGACUGAGUGACAGUCAGAUUGGCGAUGCUGGAGCGCACGCGAUUGCUGAAGCACUCAAAGUGAACAAGACGCUGUCUUGCCUCAAACUGUGUGCCUGUCAGAUUGGCGAUGCUGGAGCGCACGCGAUUGCUGAAGCACUCAGAGUGAACAAGACGGUGACGACGCUCUAUCUGCAUGAGAAUCAGAUUGGCGAUGCUGGGGCGCGAGCGAUUGCUGAAGCACUCAGAGUGAACACGACACUGACUCAGUUGUAUUUGCAUAUGAAUCAGAUUGGCGAUGUUGGAGCACAGGCGAUUGCUGAAGCACUCAAGCUGAACACGAUGGUGAAUGAGCUAUUUUUGAGUGGCAAUCAGAUCGGUGACAUUGGAGUGCACGCAAUCGCUGAAGCACUCAAAGUGAACACGACGGUGACUGAGCUCGAUCUACGAUACAAUUGCAUUGGCAAUGUUGGUCUUCAAGCGUUUGAUGAAAUGUGUCAAGUCAACCGAACUCUGUCUAAUUUUUGGAUCGAUGGCCAGAUCAACCCUCUUGCAUUCUCCUUGCUUCCACGAUUGGCAACUGCUGAAGAUCUUCACAACGUGUUUCACUUGCUAAGCAGCGGACUGGCGCUGGAGGAUCAACCCACAUCUCUACCAGCACUACCAAACGAGAUUGCCGAGCUCAUUAUGGACGAAGCGCACUACUGGCAAGGCGUGCAGCAAAGCAAGCGAUCGGAGUUUGAUGAUGAGUUCCCCGCGUAUCUUAUUCUGAAAGUCACACUGCCUCAAUGCGUCAAUGGGAAUUCAAUCCGUAUAAAAGCAAUUCAAGUGCUUCGCGACUGGCGCAAGCGUCCUGACAACACCGGUGACUGUGUUUUGAUUUGAUUGUUCGAGAUGAGCAAGGUGCUCUUCGAUACGAGUGCUCGGAGAAAUCGACUGUUGUCGAUUCGAACCUCGACCUUGUGACAAUCCUGCCAGCCAAUGAUCCUAUCAUCCGACAAAUGCGCGCGGGUUGGCAAGUUCAAGUUCGAACCAGCAAGUCUUCUCGAGAUGAGUUGUUUGAAUCGCUUUAUGUUGGAUUUGUCUAACGACAGUUAUCGGAAUGUUUGGGUGCAAACCGCCUACUUGUUCGAAUCGAUGGAAUGUUCCGU